ACACCCUCUGACACCAUGGUCAGCUCCUGUUGUGGGUCCAUCUGCUCUGACCAGGGCUGUGGCCAAGGUCUGUGCCAGGAGACCUGCUGCCACCCCAGCUGCUGCCAGACCACCUGCUGCCACCGCAGCUGCCGUGCAUCCAGCUGCUGCGUCUCCAGUUGUUGCUACCCACUGAUGCUACAUCUCUGCCUGGAGACCUGCUGCCGGCCCAGCUGCUGCCAGACCACCUGCUGCAGGACCACCUGCUGCCGCCCCAGCUGCGGCGUGUCCAGCUGCUGCCGCCCCGUCUGCGGCGUGUCCAGCUGCUGCCGCCCCGUCUGCUGCCAGACCACCUGCCGCCCCAGCUGCGGCGUGUCCAGCUGCUGCCGCCCCGUCUGCUGCCAGACCACCUGCCGCCCCAGCUGCGGCGUGUCCAGCUGCUGCCGCCCCGUCUGCGGCGUGUCCAGCUGCUGCCGCCCCGUCUGCUGCCAGACCACCUGCCGCCCCAGCUGCGGCGUGUCCAGCUGCUGCCGCCCCGUCUGCUGCCAGACCACCUGCCGCCCCAGCUGCGGCGUGUCCAGCUGCUGCCGCCCCGUCUGCUGCCAGACCACCUGCCGCCCCAGCUGCGGCGUGUCCAGCUGCUGCCGCCCCGUCUGCUGCCAGACCACCUGCCGCCCCAGCUGCGGCGUGUCCAGCUGCUGCCGCCCCGUCUGCUGCCAGACCACCUGCCGCCCCAGCUGCGGCGUGUCCAGCUGCUGCCGCCGCGUCUGCUGCCAGACUACCUGCUGCCGUACAACUUGCUGUCGCCCCAGCUGUGGUGGAUCCUCUUGCUGAAAUCAACCAUGAACCAGUCACUAUCACAUCAAUGUGGACAUAUCAUUCAUUUAAAAUUUUCCUUGUUUUAAAUGACCACCAGCUUUAGUACCCUGUGGUACCACUAAGCCACAAGCAAAAGGGCUCCCAUUCUGCAUUCAAGACCAUUCUUGUUCCCCACAGAUCUCUUCCCUGCAUCUAACCUCAUGUGCAUGACGUACUUGAACUAAACCCCCAGAUAUCUGACUAUUAUACCUGCCUUGACCUUCACAAUUAUGUUAACUAUUUCUAAAUAACAGUAUCUUGAUAUAAUAAAUCCGUGUAUUCUUCUUAAUUA